AUGGCAAGCAUCAAUAGUGUGGAGAAUAGUUCUAGCAAUAGCUCAAGCAACAGCGUCAACAAGCUGGAUGCGGUGAAGGCUGCAGGUUGCACAAAGAAGAUCCCAGCUGUCAAACGUUCCAACACGGUGUCCGAGAAAAAUGCGACGCCUGCGGUCGCCAAGAGUCGCAGGGCUUUAACCGAAGUCUCGGUGAACAAUCAAUACACAAGGUUCGGUGAGCUGGACAGGGUACGAAGAGAAAACAGUGAACUCACGUUUGUACCGUUGAGGAAAAGACAGAUCUAUAGGGACCACGAGGAUGAGAACGCUGAGGCAGCAGAUGCUUCGAGGAGCAAGAAACAAAAAUCGGAUUCUGAUGAACCCCUUUGGAAGGACUUAGAUUCUGACGAGAGGUCGGAUAUUUGCAUGGUGGUGGAUUACACAAACGAAAUCUUUGAGCAUCUUUACCAGAGAGAACAGGAGACGAUACCGUUACACAACUAUUUAACAGAUACGCAAUCGCCUUACUAUCUAAGGCCAUCGAUGAGAGCGAUUUUGAUCGACUGGCUGGUGGAAGUUCAUGAAAAGUUUCAAUGCUAUCCUGAGACGCUGUUUCUUACAAUCAAUUUGAUGGAUAGAUUCCUAUCAAAGAAUAAAGUGACUUUGAGCAAACUGCAACUACUGGCGGUCACUUCACUUUUCAUAGCGGCCAAAUUUGAAGAAGUAAACUUGCCAAAAUUAUCUGAUUAUGCAUAUAUUACGGAUGGUGCUGCUUCCAAGAGCGACAUCAAGAACGCGGAGAUGUUCAUGUUGACGUCUCUAGAGUUUAACAUAGGGUGGCCGAACCCCAUGAAUUUUCUCAGGAGAAUCUCAAAAGCCGACCGUUAUGAUUUACAAACAAGGUCGAUUGCCAAAUUCAUCCUUGAAUUCAUCAUCUGCUCUCACAGGUUUGUUGACAUUAAACCCUCCGUGACAAGCGCAAUGGCAAUGUUUAUAGCGAAGAGAAUAACUCAACAGGACAGGACAAAGCCAAUAUGGGAUGAAACUUUCGUGCACUAUAGCGGGGGCAUUCGUCCAUUCUCUGACACAGAAUUUCAAUCGAAUUGCAAGAAAGUAAUCAAAGAAAUUGCUAACCCAACGACAAAACUGGACUCAUUAAUCUUGAAGUUCAAGAAACCAAGGUACGGCGCAAUUUACUUCAAAGUUUCUCAAUGGUGCAACAACCAGGUAGAUAAUAAUGUGCAACUAGAUUCCCUAUUUUCGCUGUAG